AUGCAGUAAAUCACUUCUUCACUUCUUAAAGUAGUGAGCACUUAGAUUUAAGAUCUUGAUUCACUUAUUUCAAAGCAGGAAAAAGUCAUUAAUGAACAAGCUAGCGAGAUAAAGUCUCUGAAAAAUCGAAUCAAUCAGAAGGAAAUGUUGAGUUAGCCCAUUUUUGACAAUCCAAUUGAUCAAUUAUUAACUUACCCUAAAUCCCUGAAUGCACUUGGUUUACAGAUACAAGAGGAAUUUGAGAAGUUGAAAUCCUAAUUAUAGGAAAAGGAGUAGGAAUUACACCUGCUUAGAUCUGGCAUAGAGGGUCAAAGGAGAUCAUACAAGCCGAACACGACCCAGGUAGAUGAAAUUAUUAAGCAACACGAGGAGAUUGAUGAUAUUCUGAUUGAGUUAGAGAAAAAGCUAUAUGACAAGAAGCAAUAAAAAUAAGAGUUAGAAUAGAUUAUAAAUACUUAUGGGGAUGACGAAAAAAUAUUAAAAUAAUUGAAAUAGCAAAUAUCUGUGUUGAAUGAGUAACUGGUAGUAGAGAAGGCAUAUAAUUAGGAGGUAAGGAUUUAAUUAAAGAAAUUGCAAUAAGAGACUUAGAAUUUGAAUGAUUAAUUGGAGAUGAAGCUAGCAGAAAAGUAAGAUUUUGAAGAUUAAGUGGCAAAGACUAAAAGUUAAUUGGAUUAUUUAAAGUCCUAAAAUAUUAUGUUAGGGAUUGGAACACCAGUAAAAGGAGAGACUGAAAAGUUGAUAGCAAUAGAUGACUUAGUUAAAUAGAAUUAAGCUGUGGACGAUUUGAUGAAUGAAUUGCAAACCAAAUUGCUUGAAAAACAAUAGGCUCACAAUCAGCUGAUGGAUUAAUUAAGUAAGCAGAAUAUAUAAGAGAAUGAACAGAACUCAUCCACGUCUCUCAGACCUCAAAGUCUGUCUCCAAAAAAGGAGUUAAUCUCAUAAUUAGAAGUCGAAUAGCAUGAAUGUGAAAUAAUUCAAUAGCAAUUGAAAUAAAAACAACUAGAAAUCGAAGAGUUAAGAGAUUAAUUGGAGAAGGAAGAAUAGGAAGUGUUUAGGUUACAGUACAAACUGCAAGAGGAGAUAGAAGUCAAGGUUUCAGUUGAAUAGCAAAUUUAGAGUGUGCAAUCAAGAUAACUAAUAAUAGAACCAACAGUAACUUCUUACAUUCAGGAGGCACCCACAAUCAAUGUCUUUGGUCCUUAAACAGAAUCAAUCCCUCAGGAUUACUAGUUUUAAAUCGAUUAAUUGAAGGAGACAAUAAAAUAGUAGGAGUCGUAGAUUGAGUUCUUGAAGUUUGAAAUUCAAUAGAAGGAUGAAAUAAUGAAUAUGUCACAACACACAUACUUGCAAGACUUGAAUCAAUAGAAUUAAGAAGUCGAAAGUAGGAUACAAGAGUUAAAGAAACAAUUGAGUUAUAAAAUAAAGAGAAAGGAUCAAUUGGAAUCUAUUGUGAAUGAGGAUCAGAAGCCUAGGAGGAAAUCUUUUGUUCAAAAUACAGAGCUGAUGGAUUUGUAGGAAUAAUUACAUGAGAAGAAUAUGAAUAUUGUAUAGCUAUACGAAGAAAUAUCUAGAUUUUAAAAAUAAUUAUACGAUAAGGAAUAAGAAUUACAAUAAAGGGAUGUUGAAUUGAGAUAUUAAGCAUUGAUGAAGACGAAUGAAGAUUAAUGUGAGAAGGCAGAUGAAUUGGUUAAAAAGAAUUUGUCAAUGGAUGAGUUGAUUCAUUCAUUGGAGGUAAGGUUGGUGGAGAAGGAAUCAAAAUUAAAGGAAUUAGAGUAUUUGAAUUCAUCAAAGAAUUUUGAAAUUGAAUCUAAUCAAAAUAAUAACUCAUUCUAUAAAGAUAGAGAAAGCAUUAUAAGAGAUAGUGGAAUUAAUUCAUAUGAUCAAGACUAAGAUCACUAAUUUGUUUAAUAAUAAUAAAUUCUAGCUGGAUUCAACAGUGGCUUGGAACAUUUAAAGAGCAGAGUAGAAUGUUAGAAGUAUGAAUUGCAAGAAAAGGAUAAGAUUAUUGAAUAGCUUAAACAAUAAUUAAAUGAUUUGAAAAGAAGUAAUUUCAAUCAAUAGAUUUUGGCAACCCAGGACGUGUCUGUUAUUAAUAGAUAAAUCAAUGUGUUGUAGGAAUAGGCAGAUAAUUUAGUUAAGUAAAACUUAGCUUUGGAGGAUGUUAUACAUGAAUUAGAGUACAAGUUGUAAGAGAAGAAGAACAAAUAAGAAGAAGUCUAAUAGAUCAUUUAAAAUAUGAUGGAGGAAGAGGUUCAAUUAAGAUAACUUAAAUCAGACGAGAUGGUUAAGAAGAAUUUGGAGUUGGAUGAGAAGAUCUAAUAAAUGGAAUCGAGGUUGAUUCAGAAGCAGCAAUAAUAGUAUGAAUUAGAAUAAAGAUUGUCAUAGCAUUAAAGGUCAAUGCCUUAGCGAUUGCCAGUAUUCCAUGAGGAUCAGGAUAUCAUCUAAGAUCAUAAUUCAAAUUUAUCUGAAUUGACCAUUUAAAUCGCUUAGAUAACAGAGUCAGUCAGGUAAUUAAGUUAAGAUGAUAUUGAAUUGGAAUUCUUAUUAAAAUAAAAAAAAGAAAAGUAAUCUCAAAUUGAAUAACUAAAAUUGUUUAUCUAAUCAUCAACUGAUGUACUCCAAGAUUUGUAGUCUGAGCAAUAAAUCAAGUAGGAAUAGGUUGAAAAAAUGAAAUCUCAAAAUAAAGAUAUUGAGUAAAUGGUUAAUGAUUUAUAGAACUAACAAGUUAAUUUAAUUGAAGAUGUCAACAAAUCGUAAUAGAAUGUUCCUAAUUGGUUGAAUUAGAAUAUGGAAUCAUCUAAAAGGUUGAAUGAACUCCAAAAAGGGUAACAAAAAGUGAAAGAGCAAAUUAAGAACUUAGAAUCCUUGAUUUUGGAUUUAUAAAUAGUGGUUAAGGAAAAACAAGAAGAAUUAUAACGAAUAUCAUAAGAGAACUAUUAGUUGUCCAUUCUGACAAGAAAAUAGAAGUAGAAGAGAGAUCAUUUACUGAGAGAGUAAAUGCCCUUGGGAGAGAAGGUUGGAUUACUUGAACAAUAAGUGAAUGAUUUGGUGGCAGAAAACAAAAGAUUACAGCUUGAAUUAGCAAGAUUAUUUUAAGAGGCUGAGUCUGCUAAAUAAGUGAAGUAAACUAAGGAAUAGCAAAUAUCAGCAUUGAGCAUAGAGAGUUCGCAAUUAGAUUAAAAUAUAAUGUUGUUAAAAGACGAUAUUGAGUAAGCAAAGAUACUGGAAUAACAAUUGUUGGAUCAAUAGAAUUAGUACAAGUAAAAGAAUGCCUUGAUAGAAUAAGAAAUUAAGAUCUACACAGAGAUGAAUUUGGAUGGUGCAAAUAUAAAUAAGAAGAUAGAAGACCUAACUCAUUAGAUUUCAGAGGAAAAACAACUAUUCGAAUAGCUUAUUGAAGAAUUGCAAAUUCAAAAGGAAUAGGUCUUGUUGAUAGUGCCUUAGAAAGAUGAGAUCUAAAAGUUAUAUUUACAAACUAAGCAAUAAUACGAUUAGAGUGUGGAGGACCUAUCUGAACUAUAGAAAUAAUAGCAAAAGGUAUAAGAUUAAAAGAAUCAAGUGACGCAGGAGGUCAAUUACCUUAAAUUGUUCACAGAGAAUUAAGAAAAGUAAUUAGUUGAAUUGUAGGCUUUAAGGAUCAAGUUGGAUGAUAAUAUUAAAUAAGAAAAUACAUUAAAAAAUGCAAUACAGGAUAAGGCUGAUAGAAUUUAAUAGGAGUUGGAUCGCAACAAGCAAGCAAUUCAAACCUAGAUCUAGAUUCUAGAAAAGUAGAACAGAGAGAAAGAACAACGAUAAGAGUAGAUUCAGAAGAUUCAAACGGAGAUUGAAGAUUAGAAGAACAAUUUGAAUAAAUUGACAGAUUAACAGAUGAAACAUCUUUAUCAAUUAGAUUAGAUUGCAAAAUUAGAUAAGGAUAUGGAAAGGUUGAUGAAGGAUGUAUUUGAGAAGGAAGAGUAAGUGUAAUAGUAUGCAGGAUUAGUAUAUUAGAAAUAAUAGAAGGUUAAUGAUUAAAAGUAGAAGUUCAAUUAAUUGGAGGAUGAAUUGAAGUUUUAUGAGAGAGAAGAGGAAGAAAUAAAAAAGAGGAUAUCUGAAUAAGAUGAGAAGUUAAGCAAAUUGGAAAGAGAAUUUUAAAUAAGGUCAGAAAAGAGGAGUAAAUUUGAGGAUGAAAUAGCGAAGGCUGAAAUGGAUUUAAGUAAUUUGGAAGAGAUGCUAAGAAAUAGGGAUGAAGAAUUAAGAAAUUUUAAUGAGUCAAAGGUGGAGUUAAUGAAAUUUAAAUAGCAAUAUUCUACUAUUUAAGGAGAGAUAAGAGAGAAGUAGGAGUAGAUCUAAGAAUUUGAGAAGUAGAGAUCGAAGUUGUCUGAAGAGAUCAAGAAGGAAUAGGAGCAAUUGACAGAAAUCAAUCAAGAAAUAUAUCAAACUAAGGUUAAAGAAGAGGAAAUGAAUUUCUAAAUACAGUAGAAAUUGAAGGAUUUAGAUAUCUUGAAUGAUUAAUUUAGAAAAUUGGAUGAUGAUGCAAAAAUGUUGGAAGCUGUAAUAUAAUUGAAAGAGAAAGAGUUGAAAUAAUAUUAGGAUAAGAAAGAAACACUCAAGAAGGAAUUAGAUAUAGCUAAUUUUUAAGUAGUGGAAGUGAAGAAACAAUUGAAUAAAAAGAAGCAAUAAAAGCCAAUAGAAGCAGAUAAUAAUGAAGUAGAAGUGUAUGAGGAUGCAUUAUCAUAACAAAUAAGUUGUUUAAAUACUAAGAACUUGAAUUUAAAGGAUGAUUUAUAGAGGUUGGUGCAAUCACAGAGUCAACCAAUAUUCUAAACCAUGCAAUAGAUUGAAGGAACUAAGACUCAAUUGGAAGAAUUACAAUUGACUAUUAGGGAGAAGGAUAAGAAAUUAGAUAUAUUGGAGUAAUAAUUAUAACAAUUAUCUAUGCAUCAAUCUAAAGUUACUAUUCAAUCUGGUUUCUACUUUGAUGAUGAACCAUUGUUGUUGGAAUUGUAGGAUAAGUUCACUAAAGAAAGUGAGAUGUUGGAUGAUCUAUAAUAGAAAUUAAAGAGAACUGCUGAGAGACAUCAUGAGUUAGCACUUAAAUUGUAGGAUUGGGCUGAAAAAGAGCAUAAAUUGGCCAUAGAAUUGGAUUAAAGAAGACAAUGUGUGGAGAAGAUAGAGAAGGAAUUAGAAGUCCUAUUUUAGAAGUAAUCAGAUUUAGAGAGUGACUAGGUUAAUCUGCAACAAAGGAUGUACUAAUUAGAAUUGGACAAUUAAGAGUUGAAUGAAUAAGAAAUCAUUUCUUUGAAUAGAAUUAAAGAAAAGAAAGAUUAUGUUUAGGUGUUAUUCAAGAAUUUGAUAGAAAUGGAUGAAAAAUUGUUAUAAUUAAGAAAUAGAAUGGCUGUUUAUUCACGAGAAGGUAGACAGUUAGCAGAGUAAGUAGAGAAUUUGGAGAAUGAAAAGGAAAUGAGAGAAGAGAGUUUGCAAGUGAUUUAAGAGGAAUUGGAGAGUUUAGAAUUGGAAAAAGGGGAAAAAUAGAGCAUGAUCUAAUAGAUUAAAAAAGAAAUACAGGAUUAAAACACAGAGAAAGAUAAAUUGGAAAUAUAAUACGCUUUAACACAUAGUAAGAAUUAGCAAUUGAAAUUAUUCAUUGGAGUAGAGGAGUCCUUAUAUAAGAAAAUGUAGACUGAAUUUGAAAUUCAAUAGAAGAGGGAUUAAAGCAAAUAUGAAAAUAUGUUUGUUUGCAACAGCACAUAAACAUAUUAUGAAGUUGAUUAGAUUGAAGUUUUGAUGGAUAAUCUAGUUGGAUAGAAAAUAACAAAAAAGGAAUUGCAAAAAUUGAAAACAGAAUGUUAUACUGAAAUAUAACAAUUAUUUGCUUAAAAUAAAUCUUAUGUUUAGGAUAAUGUAAAUGUGAGAAAUCUAAUUUAAUUUUAAUAAAUUCUAAUCUAAGUUGUGGAAAGUGAAAACAUAUUGCUCUCUGAGAAGACUAAAUGCAGAAAAUCAUUAACAAUAUAAUCUGAAGAACAAAACACAUUCACAUUAGAAUUAAUCGACACAAUUAUGAAUUCCUCUUCAUUAAUUGAAAUCUCAAUAAAUGAACAUAGUUUAAAUAUAGGAGACAAGAGAAUACCUAGAUAAUGGAUAGUCGAUAAAUACUUUGAUUAUAAUCAUUAGAUUUAUCCCUUGGGAGUGUUGUAUAUUGUUUAUAAGGUAUCACUAUGUUAAGUAAUAACUUUAGCUUUAACCGGUACUAAAAUAAUCUAAUUAUAUUCUUAAAUUUGA